ACAAAGUCAAGAUGGUUACUUACGAGGAAAUUUUCGCCAAAAUCGAGGCUUACAUCAAGAAGGCCGAUCCCACCAAGGAACGCAAAGUCCCUCAUACCUUCUUGUUCCACAUCACCCAGAAUGGAACAGUAGUUAGAACUUACUAUCUUGACUUAAAGAACUUGAAAUUCGCUGUCGGCGAACACCCAGCUGAUUGUACGAUCACUUUGGAUCACGCAAUGAUGGUAAAAUUGGGAACUGGAGCCGUUAAAGCUGCCGAAGCCAUUGCUCAAGGUCACGUGAAGGUCGAUGGAAAGAAAGAAUUGGCUGCCGCUUUGGAUAAAGUUCUCGAACUUUUGCAUCAAUAAAGAAGAAAUUUUGCUCAUUUUUGAGUAAUUAAAAUA